AAUAGCGUCACAUAAGCGGAAGUAGAAAGACUCCUCACCCAUGUGUAGUCCCCGGUAGUCCCACAGAGACCCGUACCACUGUCAAUAGUACCUGGAUAUAAACCGCAAGCAUAAUGGCCAGUGGUGAGAAGGUGGGAGCAGUUGGAAAAGUUUUGGUGGACCCAGGACUGGACCUGGCCCGGCGGUUUAGAGCUUUAUUUACACUGAAGAGCCUUGGAGGUGCUGAGGCAAUCGAAUGGAUCAGUAAGGCCUUCAGCGAUGAGUCUGCGCUGCUGAAGCAUGAGCUGGCCUACUGCCUGGGACAGAUGCAGGACAAACGGGCCAUACCAACUCUGACUGCUGUACUGAAAGAUACACAGCAGGAAGCAAUGGUCAGGCAUGAAGCAGGAGAAGCUUUGGGAGCCAUUGGAGAUCCCAUGGUUCUAGAUCUUCUUAAAGAGUACAGUCAGGAUCCCGUUAUAGAGGUUGCAGAGACGUGUCAGUUGGCUGUUCGUCGGCUUGAGUGGCUGCAGGGUGGAGGAGAGAAACAGUUGGAUGGUGCAAGUACAGAUAAAAAUCCAUACUGCUCCGUUGAUCCCGCCCCCCCAGCAGAGAGGAAGAGUGUGUCAGAGCUCCGCUCUAUUUUGCUGGAUGAGACACUACCACUGUUUGAACGUUACAGGGCCAUGUUUGCCCUGCGUAACCUUGGCAACGAGGAGGCUGCACUAGCACUGGGAGAUGGCCUGCAGUGCUCCAGUGCUUUGUUCCGUCAUGAAAUUGGCUACGUCCUAGGUCAGAUGCAGCACCCUGCAGCGGUCCCCGCCCUGAGUGCAGCUUUGGAGCGUCCCGGUGAGAGCCCAAUGGUUCGCCAUGAGGCAGCGGAGGCCCUUGGCUCAAUCGGCAAAGAUGAGUGUCUGGCUGUGCUGCAGCGUUUCCGUAAAGACACAGAACGUGUGGUCAAGGAGAGCUGUGAGGUUGCUCUGGACAUGCUGGACUAUGAAAACAGUGACCAGUUCCAAUACGCAGAUGGACUGGUCAGGUUGCAGGGUUAGAGGUCAAUGUCACUUAGGUCUUUUUUAAAUUAACAGUUUUACUCUCUGUACUGUACCAUAUACAGCAGGACAGAUGGACUAUGUAGUGCUACUCUACUGCUGCAUCUCCUCGGAUGAAGCUUUACAUAAUUAUAGCUGCUGAGCACAUAAAAUCCAAAGCAAAGUUGAAGAACGUUAGACAAACUGGUGGGGGUGAAAGAGCUGCUCAGGGUUCUGUGUGAUGGGAGACUGUUGGAUCUGUUUGAGUAGUGUACAACAGGUGAUUCUGCUCAAAAAACUUUUUUAGGCUUCAUUUUGAGUACACUUUUCUUAUACUCCCUCAUUAGUUUAUGUUAGAAGAUCAAAAUCCUGACAGAACAAUGUGACAUUUACUGCCUUUACAGCAAACUGCCCCACGGGGACAUUAAAGUUUUACUCUACUCCACAGAGUCAGUGGAAGGUCUUCUCCUACACAGCCUUAUUUGUUUUUCUCUUUUAUCUUCCUAUCUAUUGUUUUGUCUGAGAGCUGUAAAGGAUCAUGAAUACCAAUGACAACGUUGAAUGGACUGGUUCUAUAUUAAUGCAAUAGUUCUUACUCAGGCUGCACUAAAGUCAAUCUGACCUAAUGUCCGGUAAUUCUACUCUCUGUUGUAGACUUAAAGUAUGUGGGGUAAUACACAGAUAUUUUGUUUUACAGGGAAUGCUCACUCAAGACUGUCAAUCAGUUAAUCAAUCAAUCAAUCUUUAUAUGUAUAGCACCAAAUCACAAGAAACAUUAUCUUAAGACGCUUUCUAGAAACAGAGCAGGUCUAGGCCCUAUUCUACGUUAAAUUAUUAACAGAGAGAGAGAGAGAGAGAGAGAGAGAGAGAUGAUAGCAUUGCACCUUGCAGUGUUAAGCUAGUUACAGCGGCAAGGAAAAACUUCCUUUUAACAGACAGAAACCUUGAGCAGAAUCAGACUCAUGUUAGACAGGGUGUCUGCCUCCCGGACCCUGACUGGUAGAUGAUUCCAAAAGAGAAAGCUCUGUAAACUUUUACAAAGUUUGCACAGUAGUUCUUGAAAUCUCUAAUCUCUUAGGCACCUAUGAUUGCUUUUCACUAAAUUGCUUUAGACUGACAGGUUAUCUGGCACCAUUCUCAGCCAGAUGUGCAAUCAUGUGCAAUGUAUGCAUAAUUCUAAUGAUCCUGUACCAAUUGAUCUGAGAUUCUCAAUAAGCCUUUUGUGCCCUAAAUAUAUGACUCAAUUGUCAAAGCA